GACUAAUGGUUUACAAAGUGACUGUUUUGUUUCACGAGAAAAAUUAGUACAUAUUUUCUACCAGAACUGACGUCAUAGGCCUAUAUAUUUUUAUAAAUACGCCAUCUUGCUCACUCAAAAAUAAACAUCAGUGAAAAAGAAAAUAUUUCAAAACAAAUUGUCUUGACCCAGUUUUGUGUCUGUUGGUUGGGUUUGGUCGGACAAACUCGCACUACUUAGAUUAUACCUACAUGUGUAUCGUAUAGUAAAAUAAUAUAGUAAAAGUGUGCUUAGCAAAACAGCAAUGCUAUUUGUGAGGAUCAUGCAAGCCCUAGCGUUAGCCUUGACCUUGGUUGACCCCUGUGCUGGCACCAGGAGACGCUCCCCACCUGUCAUCUCCUACAGGUGUGUCGACGCCGUGGAGAAGUGCGAGGCUAUCUUACUCGAGGAGGCGGAGAACAUAAACUUGUAUGCAGCAUUCUACGACUGUGUACUCGGCUACAACUGUUUCCCGGAUAAAAACGGUGACGUCCACAAACCUCCACCAGUCUCGCAGAUUUUCCAGGAUUUUAAAAUGAGGCAGUUGUCUACACAGAUCAACUCGAGUCAACAUUCUCUUCAGAUCAACUCUGUCUCACUGGUUGCUUUAGUCAUACUGUACCAGGCUGUGCUGCCCUAAACAUAUUGUACCAAGCUGUGCCAGGGGCGUAGCGGG